GUUGAAGCUUGAUUCGACAUAAGAGGUAAUGUCACAAAUAAUGAUGGUGCUUACAAGUGAUCAACAUCUUUAAAAGGCACCAAAAACGUGGUUGCCGCGAGAUCCCCAGAUGUAGGAUUUUUAUGCCCCCAGAUUGCCGAGUCAUUGACCAAUCUUCUUCUCCAACAGCCCUUUUCUCUAUCAAACUACUGCACAGUAAAAUUCCUUUUGCCUCCAGCGUACCUGGUAGGGCUGACACUCUCAUUGCUAAAAGAGACCUCAUCAGACUUGGCCCCUUCAGUAACGUCCAGCCAUCAUCAUGUUCGAGGUCCCUGACGCAAAAAGAGUCAAGAGAUCAGAACUCUUCCAUGGCGCCAUCACUUCUCAAACGUCAUCAAGGUCGGUCUCGCCUGCUGCAGCGAGCGAUCAAGAAGACGAGCCAAAUCCAAGCCAAAUCGAUUAUGGCUUCGAAUACGACUUCAUCUCGCCAGACCAGAAACCGGCACAACGAUCUCAAGCCGACACCACACAUGAACCAAGCAAUGAGGACAAAGCUGAAGAACAAGAGUUUGACUUCCGUCUCUUCACCAGUGCUUCCAAACAGCCCUCCCAAGCCAUAAGACUCUCAGCAACACCACCACCAGCAGACCCGACAGAGGUCCCAUCCCUCGACGAAGCCAACUUCCUCCGCCCCAACCGUCCAGACAAUUACUAUUUCACUUCAGCCCUCUCACCAGAUUCCACGGACGCGCUCAAAUCACAGUACGCAACCGUCGCACUUUCAACCACAGAUGUGCUCUCCCUCGCAACUUCGACGAAAUGGCCAGGCACAGCCCUUCCCUGGCGGUGUAUUCACGUACAACUUACUAAGCCGACAAAACUCAUUCAAGUCCAUGACCGCAAAUCAGUCACAAAACAACUCGACUCAGCCACUGAUGCAAGACGCACUCGUCCAUCGAAGAAUCGCCGCAUCUUGUUCCGCAAACGCCUAGCUCUGCGCGCCAACCUCGCCGCACAAGCUGAGCACGACGAGGAAGCGGAGCGGGAGAAACGCACACGGCGCAACCGCGAGAAGAAAGUCAAACGCAAGGAGAGGGAGAAGAGGAAGAAACUGGAGUCCGAAGAUCAGCCUGAAAGCAUCGGAACGGAAACGAGAGCCCAAGGACGAUUGGACGAGGAUGAGGAUCAUUCCAUGAUUGACAAGAAUGUGGAAUCUCAGGGCGCUGGGACUCCGUCUGCGGCAGCGACUAUAAAUGCGACUACGACUGCUGAGCAGUUACGACCUCCUUCAGCGAUGAAGGGAGCACAGCCCAACGAAGGUUCGCUAUUGAAGGCAUCAAUAGCAGACUCGGCGCCAGAAGCCGUCACCCACUCCACGCCGCCGACUGCUCGACGAGCGGCUCCAACCUCGAGGGCUCCGACAUCAAGAGCUCCCACGUCCAGAGCUCCAACUGCGAGGGCCACUGGAUCUUAGUUGCCCAAUAGUCAUGGAGUUUAGCAGCCUACAUUGCACUCACGAGGAACGAAAUGUCAUAAAAAGGAAAAGCACUUGGAAUGCCUUUCGGAUCUUGAUCUCAUCAAAUUCGUCUGCUCUGCUAUUUUGUCUUUCCUCACGCCGUUACCGUUACCACGACCAUCC